ACUUGCCCAAGAGCGCUGGUGGUGUUUUCAUCUCCAGUGUAUCCCAGUGACAGGCGAUGGAGCUGACGUCCCAGGUCUGCUUCUGCUUUCUCCUGCUCCUGCCAGCGCCAGCUGUGACUGAGGUGACGUCUUUCCAAAACUGUCCUCAGUUUUUUUUACAGAUACAAAGUAACAGAAUCUACCCAACACGACUUCCUGAUCAGAAUCGCUACAAAGAAAUAUGCCAGAUGUUUGGUGGUGUUUAUGAAUUUGCAACUCUUUAUGACACAGGACACAGGAUUCCUGUGUAUUCAGCCUACGCAUUUGGCAACUAUCUGAAGACUGGAAGACGUAACUCCUGGUUUAUUGAACCCCAGCUUGAUGAUGCCAGCGCUGGACCCAACAUGGCUUCUGCAAAUCAAAAUAUGGCGAACCUGGGGAACUCUCAAGCUCUGAAUGAUGACUACACGAAUUCGGUAUACGACAAAGGUCACCUGUUUCCUGUUUUGCAUGCCGACAGUCAGGAAUCUUCACUUGCAACAUGCACUCUGACAAAUGCUGUUCCACAGCACCAACACUUUAACAGAGGUGUCUGGAGACAAAUGGAAAGCAAUGUUUAUGACUAUAGUAAAACUAAUUGCUUACAACCAGUAUAUAUUAUAACAGGAGCUGUUCCAGGCCAAAAUAAUACUAAGAAUAGGGUUAACAUACCUGAGAACCUGUGGACAGCUUUCUGCUGUCAGGACAGGAAUAGUCAUCAGUGGAUAUCAAAGGCUCACUUUGGUCCAAAUGAUGAUUCUGGAACACUAAAUGAAACAAGUGUGUCUCAUCUAGAAAACACUCUGAAAACUCAUUACCACACACAGAGCUUCUCCUUGUUUGGAGGAAAUUGCAACGAUAUUAACAAUCACAUCUAUUCCCACCAAUAAUCAGGCCACAAAGGCUAGCUCAGAUUGGACUGUGAUUAUGGCUGGAAUUGCUGGAGAAGAAAUCAAUAAAAAUUGAAAGCUGUGCUUAGACUUAAAAUCCUGGAAUAUUGUAGUAAUCAGUAGAAGCUUUUGCAAUUUUUGACUUAACAGGUAUUUUGGUGACAGUACUGCUACAGUUCACUACUUCCUUCUUUGACUGUGAUGGGAGCGAGUGACACUUCUUGAACCUUCUCCUUUACUGAACUCCUGUCCGUUUCCUGCAAAUGUAGCUGAAAGUACGUCCAAUGCUCUUCUCUACCUGCCCUGAGUCACUGAUCGCUGGUGCUUGUUCUCAGUGCAGAUUCAGUGAAGCUGCUCUCCUUUUGUGAGCCAGCUUGUUCUUUAACAAUACAUCUCACAAUCGCAUAAACGUGAAUUGAUAGACAACGUCACCGGAUUCAGUGCAGUGAGAGAAGACCAGACCCCCCUCUCUGAACUGGCUCCAUCCCUCUGCUCUCCUCCCCACUGAGAGCUGGUGUGUGUGAGAGGACUGGAGCAUCAUCCAGGUGGGGCUGCACACUGGUGGGGGUAGUGGGAUUCCCCCUGACCUGGGAAGAGCUCCGAGUGGAGGGUCCAGACAGGCGCUAAACAAGUGUAAAGACUAUUAUUAAGAUUAUUGCACAAUGGAGAUAAAUUUCUCACUGUCAUAACUUGUCAUAACACAGUGAAGUCCUGCCUAUAAAGAAUCUGUAGACUGUUGCUUAAACCACCUUGUGUUUCCCUGUACUGUCACAACACAGAAUGUUAAGUAAAUGAAACUGCUAUAAAAUCAUUAAUUGCUCAAACAUAAAGUGCA